AUGUUGUCCAAGACGAAUUGGAUAGUGCAAAAAUUCGGUGGAACCAGUGUGGGUAAGUUUCCAGAACAGAUUGUGGAUGAAAUCAUCAAGGUAUUCACAACUCAGCUCCACAAUGAUGUGGCAGUUGUGUGUUCUGCGCGCUCAAGUGACACCAAGGCUGAGGGUACCACGUCCAGGCUUCUGAGAGCCUGUGAUAUGGUAUGCAAUAAUGAGGAAGACUUUUCCGAAGUUGUGCGCAAAGUAAGAGAGGACCAUGUUGAAAACGCCAGAAAGCUCAUUCACGACCCAAAGCUGCAAGAGAAACUUAUAAACGAUACCGUUGCGGAAUUGGAAACCGUUGAAAAAUACUUGAACGCAUCAUUGGUUUUGAACGAGGUUUCCUCGAGAACCAUGGACCUUGUCAUGUCGUGUGGCGAAAAGCUCAGCUGUCUUUUCAUGUCUGCGCUUUGUAACGAUCAUGGUGUGCCCUCUGUGUACGUUGACUUAUCGUCAAUAAUCCCCCAGAACUACGAGUGUCCAGAAGGUACUCUAGACACAAGUUUCUACACAUUUUUGGUGGGUGCUUUCAAAGAUCGUCUGAGACCAGUGCUGGAAUUGCAAGCCCAGGGAAAGCCGGUGGUUCCUGUAAUCACGGGAUUCUUUGGUCUUGUGCCUAUGGGACUUCUGAACGGUGUUGGACGCGGUUACACAGAUUUGUGCGCUGCGUUGAUUGCCGUCGCUUUGAAUGCCGAUGAACUACAGGUUUGGAAGGAGGUCGAUGGUAUUUUCACUGCUGACCCCCGUAAAGUUCCUCAGGCUAGACUUCUCAGCAGCGUCACACCCGAGGAAGCAUCGGAACUUACAUAUUAUGGUUCCGAGGUCAUCCAUCCAUUCACCAUGGAGCAAGUCAUUAGGGCCAAAAUUCCUAUCAGAAUUAAAAAUGUUCAAAACCCAAGGGGUGACGGUACCGUUAUUUAUCCCGACAACGUUGCCAAGAAAGGUGAAGCUACCCCACCACACCCACCAGUGACACUCAGUAGCUCGUUUUUCGAGCAUAAAAGACGUGGUGCAACUGCUAUCACUAGUAAAAGUGACAUUGUUGUUGUUAAUAUUCAUUCAAACAAAAAGACUCUCUCUCAUGGGUUUCUUGCCCAGAUCUUCAGCACUCUGGACAAAUACAAAUUGGUGGUCGAUUUGAUCUCAACGUCAGAGGUUCAUGUUUCUAUGGCUCUUCCAGUACCCGAUCUUGAGUCAUCAAAGGCUUUGAAGAAAGCUGUUGAUGAGUUGAAAAAGGUUGGUACUGUCGAUUUGACCAAGAAGUUGGUGAUCAUCUCACUCGUGGGUAAACAAAUGAAACAAUUUAUUGGUAUCGCUGGAACUAUGUUCACCACUUUAGCCGAACAAGGAAUCAACAUUGAGAUGAUCUCGCAAGGUGCAAACGAAAUAAACAUUUCCUGCGUCAUUGAUCAGGAAGAUGCGAUAAAAGCACUAAAGUCAAUCCAUGCCAAGCUUCUUGAUACAGAGAAUAGUGAGAGCAGCUUGGGAAAAGCGGUUAACGAGAAACUGGAACAAAUAAAAAGGCUUGAGUUGUAA